UACUACUAUUAGUUUUCUCUAGUUACUAAAGAAAAAAGAAAAUAAUAAUAAUUUUAAAUUUUUUAUAUAUAUAUAUAUAUUUAUAUCUAUAUCUAUCUCUAUCUCUCUCUCUCUCUCUCUCUCUCUCUCUAUAUAUAUAUAUAUAUAUAUCUCAUGUCUUUUCUUCUACUGUCUGUUCUGUUAUUCGUUACCUCUCCUCACCUCUUGCCGACCUUUUGGCCGAUGUCCGCUAAGAAGACCUUCGGACUCCUGGCCAUUAGGGAGAGAUCCGCCCAUCAGCGCCUGUUCCCGCUAAAAACUCGGGACUGCGCAAAUCCUGUAAGGAAAAUGGCGGAUGUAUCAGACGACCUCACUGGCGCCUGUAGGCCACAGCGGUCCUCUCUGUCGCCAGAUACCGCAGUUGGGCGUGCAGGAGGAGGACUGCCUCAGCGAGUAUUGGGGCCGCGCCGAAAGGAACGUCAGCAGGAGUGGCCGCCCCAGAGCCUGUCGGAAUCAGACGGGGAAGACAUGCAGGAUGAUGAGGCAGGCGGUGCUGAGCCCGUGGAUGGGGUGUCGGAGCACCCAGAAGGCCAUGAACAGCUCCCCCCAGUAAGAUCGGGACUUGCUCGGGGGGAGGAGGUGAGUGCAGAUGCCCCCUAUGUGGCCCCUCCCUCAGGGCCUACUCCUACAGGGAAUGUGGGGGUUCCCAGUGAUGCUGCCACUGUAAAGGGCUGGAUUCAGGAGGCUGUUCAGGUCUCACUGGCAGCGGCGCUUAAAUCGCGGAAGCCUGCAAGGCAGGCUGUGAUCCAUGUGUCGCCCUCAGACUCUCAGGAGGAGACGGUGCCCGCUAAGCAGCCCAGGGUGGCUAUACGCCAGGACUCUGUGCCCUUGGGUAGGGGGAGGUCUUCAGACGAGUCAGGAGAGGACUCCCCAGAUUUAUUGCGACCCAGGGUCAGUGGGUCGGAGACAUUGCUGGGCAACCCAGACAAGGGGCCCUCCUCCUCGGAAGAGGGGGAGAUGACUGAGGACUCUGCAGCAAACUUACACAGUCAGAGGCUCUCUCUUAUGGUGGAUUUUCAGCCACUAAUUAACCAGGCUAUUGCUGCACUUGAUCUGUAGCCAGUUACAGAGGAACAGAUCUCUCCUGUGUCCAAGGGCUCCUUGGUGCUGCCUAAGGCUGAGGUACCACAGAUUAAAUCAGUGAUACCUGAGGGCUUUACUAAUACCAUCAAGGAGGAAUGGGCGGCUGUUGCGACUCCCAAAGCGUAUGUUGGCAUUGGCUAGCAGAUUGUACAACUUUGAGGAGGAGACUCUGGACUUGUUGAAGGUGUCACUUACGGAUGCUCACUUCAGGGCCCUACUUAGUAGCAUAGUGGUACCCAAGGAUGGGGACUCCUCUUUUAAGGAGCCAGGAGACAGAAAAGCAGAAUCUGCACUGCGCAGGGCCCACGAGGCUUCAGCAAUGGCCAUCAGAGCUGACACCACUGCGUCCGUGGUGUCUAGAGCAUCGGUCUUGUGGAUCGGCGAGUUACCCAAUGACCCUCCCACUGAUCAAUCUAAGAUGCGGCGUAAGCUACUUCGUCUGCAGAGGACGGCUGCUUUUUCAGCGGAUGCUACUCUGGACAGUGUUCAGUUCUCGGCACGUGCGGUCAGUGCAGGUGUCCUGGCAAGACGCAACAUAUGGCUAAAAUUUUGGAAGUUGAUAAUACGUCUAGGGUUAAAUUAGCUGCUGUUCCCUAUGCUGGGGGGGAAGCUAAUUGGGGAUGAGGCCCUGAAAGAGGUACUCAUUGAAACUAAGGAUAACUGCAGGGCUCUGCCAUCAGCCCCUAGGAAGAAGGACAAGAGUUUUAAUCGUAGACCGACGCAAACCUUCAGGGCGUUUGGACCUCAGUUUGUCAGAGGGAGCCUUUUAGGCCUUUUCAAUCGCAGUGGAACAGAUCCAGAGGCCAAGGCAGGCAAGGGUUCAAUCAGCAGAACCGUCAGUCUUUUGGAAACCAGCAGCAGGGCCCCAAGCAGCAGUCCUGACUCCCACUCAGACAAAGUAGGGGUCCGCCAUUUGGCCCGUUUGGAAAGAAUCCAUCGACAGGUGGGUUCUUUCCAUUAGCCUACACGGGUACGAAGUGGAGCUGGCCAGCCCCCCAGGAAACAGAUUCCUCCUUACCCCUAGAUCCGGGAAACCGGAAAAGCACAAGGGGUUGUCCAUGGCCAUUCAGUAUCUGGUGGCUAUAGGAACCAUAGAGGAGGUCCCACUUCUUCAGAGAGGCAAGGGCAUCUAUUCAGUGAUUUUUACAGUGCCAAAAAAGGACAGAUCGGCCAGGGCAGUUCUCAACCUACGCCCAGUCCACCGUUUUGUGAUAAAAAGGAGGUUCAGGAUGGAAACCCUUUGUACCAUCUCAGAGGCAUUGCAGAUGGGGGACUACAUGGCUUCAAUAGAUCUCCAGGAGGCCUAUUUACACAUCCCCAUUCAUCCACUCGGUCGACAUAUAUUCCGCUUCUGCUACAUGUGGAGGCAUUAUCAGUACAGAGCCCUUCCUUUUGGUCUCUCAUUAGACACCCAAGUUUUUACGAAGGUUCUAGUCUGCUAGUGGCCACUUCAUGCACUAAGGGGGUCCACCUGUAUUGUUACCUCGACAACUUGCUCAAGAAGGAGCAGUUCAGUCGGCUCUGUCCAGAACAAUGUCUGUGUUACGUGCCCAUGGGUUUCUGAUAAAUGUGGGCAAGAGUCACUUGAUGCCCACACAGAGCCUUCGUCAUUUGGGCAUGGUAAUGGACACCUCAGUAGGCAAACUGUUUCUGCCACAGGAUCGGAUGGAGGUCUUAUCGUCACUGGCUCGUGUGAUUGCUUCAAGACUGUGGGCCAGCCUUCUCAAUCUAGCAAGUUUGUUGGGUCUCAUGGUGGCGGCUAUGGACUCGGUGCCUUGAGCGAGGUUUUCAUCUACGCCAGUUACAGUGGGCUUUCUUCCCUUACCAGCACAGGAUUGCCCUCAAACGUGACAAGAACAUUCCUCUCUUGGUGUCUCUUCAUGAGUCGAUUUGUUGGACGGCCCGGGGAACCUAGACAAGGGCAAGCUGUUCAUAGAACCCGAGAGAGUGAUGGUCACGACGGAUGCCAGCCUAUCGGGCUGGGGGGCUCACUGUUGGAACAGUUCUGCCCAGGGGCUUUGGUCGGUGGAGGAGUCGCUCCAUAGCAUAAACUGGCUCGAGCUGCAGGCUGUCUUUCUGGCCCUAAGGGCCUUCAUGCCCUUGGUGAAGGGAAGGAACAUCUUAAUGUGUACAGAACUACUUAAUAUCCAUUCUGGGCCAUCAUGUAAACGGAAUUUCCAAUGUUCGGGCAGAUUGGCUAAGACGGCAGGAGAUCUAGCCGGCAGAAUGGGGCCUGCACCCUCAAGUAUUUAGGUGGCUGACAGAGCGGCUGGGGACCCCAGAUAGACUUGUUGGCAUAUCCUCAGAAUGCCAAGAUUCAGAGGUUUUACUCACGUUUCCCGAUGUUGGGGGCAGAAGAGACGGAUGCGCUAUUGGUGCCAUGGCCUCCGUGUCUGCUGUAUGCAUUUCCUCCAGUGCCGCUGCUCUCCCGUUGCCUCAGGAAGCUGCGGAGUUCCCGGGCAUCCCUGAUAUUGAUUGCGUCUUUUUGACCCAGAGGGCCUUGGUUUUCCGAGAUCGUCGACUUGACCGUAGGUCAUCCACUCAGUUUGCCAGACCAUCCAGUUCUGCUGUGUCAAGGUCCGAUUUACCAUCCUUGCGUCUAGAAAGUGUUCAGCCAACAAGAUUUACCAAUCGACUUGGCGUAGUUUUCUGCGCUGGACAGCAAAGCGCUUCCUGCAGCUGGACAAGUGCAGGUCGAGGGGAUUACUAGGUUUUCUUCAGGAUGGCCUUGCGCUUGGUCUGAAACCCAACACGCUUAAACGCCGGGCGGCGUGCUUGAUCCAGAUGUUGUUUCCUCAUCAGCGUUUGUUCAGGCGUGGCACUCUCUUCUACGCAAAUUAUUGAGGGGGGCAGCUUUGUUGUCUCCUCUGGUCUGCCAUUGUUUUCCGUCAUGGGAUUUGCAUAUUGUGUUGUGGGGUCUGCAGUUUUCUGCCAUUUGAACCACUUUGAUCUGUAUCAUUGCAGAUUUUGUCCUGGAAGGUGACCUUUUUAGUAGCUGUAACAUCGGCCAGGAGGGUUUCUGAAUCGCAGGCUCUGUCAGUUAAGAGUAAUUUGUGUAUUUUCUCUAAGGACUCUGUGAGACUUAUCCCGGAUCCUUCGUUUAUCCCUAAGGUAAAGUCUCAGUUUAAUCGUGAAGCGGACAUUUAAUUACCUUCUUUUUGUCCGGAUGCUCGUCACCCUGCAGAGGAGGAGUGGAACCGGACGCAGGCUUUUCGUAAGUCAGAUGCUCUUUUUGUGGCCUUUAAGGCUUCUAAGAUGGGAUGCAAGGUCUCUUCAGCCAUUAUUGCUCGAUGGUUCCGUUCAUGCAUUACGAUGUUGUCUGAAGCCCAGAAACUUUCGGUGCCUGGUCAGAUUACGGCGCACUCAACUACAUCGGCAGCCACUUCCGCUGUGUUAUCUUCACCGGCGUCCCAUGAAGAGAUUUGCAAGGCGGCUACUUGGUCAUCGCCUUUUACAUUUUCAAGGCAUUACAAGUUGGAUGAACAUGAAGCUGCUAGAGCGGCAUUUGGUCGGAGGGUCCUGCAACAGGUCCUUCCGGGUCAGUAGCUCCAGCCUGGGUAUUUUCCCUCCCGUGGUUGGUGCUGUGGUAUGUCCCAAGCUUGGGUGACCUCCUACACCAGCCGAGAAAGGUACAUUGGUACUCACCGUGAAGGUGUCUUCUGGCUGGUGUAGAAGAGGUCACCCAAGGCCCGCCCGGGUUGUGUUAGGCUGGAGCUGAUGAUCUGGUUGUAGGGGGACAGUUUUUCUGUCUUUCUCUGCAUUAUUGUUUGUAUAUUGUUGUAUAUUCUCUGUUGUGUUCUGUGGUUUUCAUUCCGUAGCUUGAGCUGUUUUAAGCACUGAGGAGAUCCGCCCACAUGCACUGGGUUAAGGAUCUUCAAGUAUGACUACUUCCUGCCUUUUGGAGCAUGUGGGGGGGAUGUAAUCCCAAGCUUGGGUGACCUCUUCUACACCAGCCAGAAGACACCUUCACGGUGAGUACCAAUGUACCUUUUUCUUGAGAAGUACAAUGUAGUGCUCAUUUGUGGCCAAUGGUGUUGGCACGGAGGACCAAGAAAGGCAUGGCAUGUGGCGUUUCUUCCAUUCUCUGCAAUGGUCAACACUUACCAAUUUCUCAUAAGUGAGUAAAGUACAUAAAGCUUGCAAUCUUUCCAUCAAUAUUUUUUGACUGUUCUCCUGUUGCCCUGGCUUUGAUUCUUUUGGUCUUGUAUGGAGUAGGGGAUUUAUGCACGAGUACAGAUACAGCAUACAAAUAGGGAUCCGGGGUGGGGGUUGGGUUGGGUUUGCCAGGCCUAAAAGGAGCCCUUCUACUGGUGGACAAAGACAUCCCGUGUGGGUUAUCUCCUUCCACAUGCUCCAGAGGCAGGAGUAUGGAAAUUGGAAGAGCCUUUGAGAGCCAAUGGAGGAGAUACUUUUGUCCUGUGGCUCGCUUCAGAAACAGCCACUCUUCUUGCUCUUACCUCAAGGCCUAUUUUUUCUCCGGUUUACUCUUUUUAAAAUUCCUCUUGUCCCUGAUAUUUCUUCCACUCCUUUUUUCCAAAUUACAUUCUAUCCUUCUUUCUUUCUUUCUUUCUUUCUUUCUUUCUUUCUUUCUUUCUUUCUGUCAGCCUUUCUUUUUGUCUAUUUCUCCUCCUUUUUAAAAAUUCUCUGCCUGGAUGGCAUUGGGAUAACAGAUGACCAAGUAUAUGUUGUUUCCCAAAGGAAAACUUAGGCCAGGCACUUUACUGCCCAAACAACUGCUGGUGGAGCCAUCAUCUUUUCAUGUGGUCCCUAGAUGGAGCAUUUGUUGUGCACCGCCCAGAGCCUUUUGGAUGGGGCGGUAUAGAAAUGUAAUAAAUAAAAUAAUGAUAAUAAAUUAAUUAAUGGUCAGCACCUCCAGGUCCUUGCCUCCUCUCUGCCACUCUUCAGAGCCUCACUUAUGAGAAAAUGGUGUUGACCAUUGGUGAGCCUGGAAGAAAGACAGAGUGCUCCACUCCAACACCAUUGGCCCUUUCACUAUUGUGGCAGUGACCUCUCCUCCCCUCUGCAAGCAAAAGAGGUGAGCCACUCUACCACAAGCAGGCAAUCAAGCAAACAGCAGCUCCUCUUUGCAACUCUGGCAGAGGAGAAUAGAAGAGGUGCAGUUGUCGACUCUUCCAGCUGUCCCUUCUUGGCUGGUGUAGGAGGUCACCCAACGUGGGAUUACAUCCCCCCACA